CUAAGAGUCGAAGAUUAGCAUCAGAAGCGAUGGAAAUAUAAAUAGGAAUCUCCAAAAUAGACCCUUCACCAAAUAUUAGAGGGUAUUCUGAUAUAGGACAUAGUUGAGAGAUUAAAAUGGAAAGGGAUUCAGGAUUCAGUGAGCUGAUGCAGCAAGCUGAACAGCUUACUGCUGAUAUGGAUGGUAAUGAAUUGCCUAGAGUUGAGCGCAACUUGAGACAGAUUUUGGAUGCUGGACAACAGCUUUGGUCCAGGACUACGCAGGUAGUGAGCAGAGAUACAUCUGAUGUUAAAGCAUCAAUUCUUCUAGGAAGCAAAGGUUAUGAUUUACCAAAAGUAACACAAAAACUGGAAAAAUUAAGUGCAACAAAAACUUUUGAACCAAUUGAACCCAUCAGAAUUACAGAUAUUGAGGGAUUUUUGAAAAAUGAACGAGAGAAUGCAAUUCUUUCUGUAAUAGAAGAGUCAAAGAAGUCUACAUCAGAACGUGCAGAUAAGCUUUUUUGGAACAAUCUUGAAUAUGAAUGGGAAGAUGAAAAACAGAGAAUACUUAAUGCCUUAAGUGGUUCCACUCAGGAAAUAAUUUUGGAUACAAGUACAAUCAUGAGUGAAAAUAUUAAUAUGAGAAUUCGAACAUCAAUGUCUGCAAGUGAAAUGGCCUAUGCAAAACAGGUGUAUUUAUAUAAUGAACAAAUAGUACAGGGAGGCUUGAAAUUCAAUUUAGCAGAAAAAUUUUAUGCAGUUGCAAAAGAAUUAGAUGAAAAGUCAAUAUUGGACUUGUGGGAAAUGGUUAAGAUUAUGACAGAUAUACCAUUAAGUACAGACAAGGAUAUAUUAGCAUCACGUUGUUCGGGUCUCAUCCAAACUGCCUUUGUUAAUCAGGCUAGAAAAUAUUUAGAAAAGAAGUAUCGUCAAUAUAUAGAAGUAAUUGUUUAUGGCAAUUUACAACAAGCAAAUAUAGGUGGAGUGCCUGGUACAUAUUAUUUAAUUCGUAGUUUUCUAAACAUCAAGUUAUCUAUAAUGCCUCCAGGUUUAGAGGAUGGACUAGUGGAAGGACACCCAGUUUGGGCCAUGAUAUAUUAUUGUAUUAGGUGUGGAGAUAUUGAAGCAGCUGAAAAAGUGGCUAUGAGUGCAAGCAGUGUUCUUGCAGAAUUUGUGCCUUAUUUAAAAGAAUAUAACCAAAGCGAAGAUCAUAGAUUGAGUCCUGCAAGUGAAAGUCAGUUGCGUCUGAUGUAUCGUAGAUCUGUCUAUACAGGGACUGAUCCAUUUAAAAAAGCUGUAUAUUGUAUUCUUGCUUGUUGCAAUAUGAAUGAGGAUCACUCGGAAGUUGCCGAAAAGACAGACGACUAUUUAUGGUUAAAGCUUUGUCAGUUACGGUCUGAAGAAAUAGGAGAGAGUUCCAUACAAAUGCAAUUAGAUCGAAUAACCCUGUCACAGUUACAGUCCCUUUUAUUGGAAGAUCACGGUGAAACUCAUUUCAAUGCUUACGAACAACCAUUUUUAUAUUUUGAAGUUCUCUUUCUCACUGCCCAGUUCGAAGCUGCAAUCGAAUUUCUAUCUCGCAUCGAACAUUUAAGGUGUCACGCGGUCCAUUUGGCAAUAACUUUGUACGAGAUGAAUUUACUAGCCUUACCCACCAAUAUUCAUGCACCAUUAUUGUCCCAAAAUAAAGCCGACAAACCGCCUAUGCGUCGACUCAACUUUGCCAGAUUAAUCAUGAUGUACACAAAAAAAUUCGAAAUCACCGAUCCCAGAGAAGCCAUUCAAUAUUUUUAUUUUCUUAGAAACAUUCGAGGCAUAAAAGAAGAAAAUCUCUUCAUAUCCUGUGUGAGUGAAUUAGCUCAGGAGACAAAUGAAUUCGAAAUGCUACUUGGAAAGAUGGAACCAGAUGGAUGCCGAAAGGUAAGAAGUAAAUUUAAUAUUUUUAAAUAAUCUUUUUCAUUAAUG